UGAAGAAUAGAAGCGGCGGCGGGACUCCGCGCGCGUCCAGAACCGGAGAAGCCGCAGAACCCGCAGAACCCAGAGCAUCCUUCAGCGGUUCAGAGGCUCCCGCGCGGCUGCGCAGACAGAGGAGGGGGGGGAGCCGCGCUCCUGUGAGGGAAAGUAGGUCAGAGUUUGCUCCGGUUUCCAUGGUAACCGCUGAGCUGCAGGGAGCAAACAUUCAGCCUCCGUUUCAGCAGAACUGAUGGAGGCUCGGCGGAGCUGAAGGCCGCAGCCGAACAUCUGGAGGUCAGACCGUUCUGCUCAGAUUGUAGGAAAGCUCUGGUCCUGCUGGACCUCCUCUUGGUACUUUUUUUAAUUUCUACUUUUGAAUAUCAGAAUGCAGCCGCAGACUUCGGAUUGUGUUGUUGGAUCUUUCUAAGCUGAAGUCUCCAGCAGAUGUUCCUCACAGAGACACUUUGCUGCUCCUCUAAUCACAGCUGAGGACAGGACCGUUAACAAGAUGCUUCAAUAUUUGAUGCUUCUCAUCAAUAUUCCAUGAGCUGAGCUGGAGGAGGAGCCAGAGGAGGAGGAGCCAGGGGAGGAGCAGCGAAUCCUCACAUGCUGUUUUUCAUACAGUCAAUCAGAGAGCAGCUAAUAGAGAUUUUCCUGCGGAUUCGCCGUCUCCUCCCGGCACGAUGGCGGCUGCCCUGCUCGUCCCCCUGAUGGCGUCGUGGGCGUUCGCCGUGGUUGGUGUGUCUCUGGAAGCCGCCAGGCAGCUGUGUCCUCUGCAGUGCGUGUGUGAGACCAGGCCGUGGUUCACGCCGCAGUCCGUCUACCACCACGCCAAAACGGUUGAUUGCAACGAGCUACACCUGCACAGGGUGCCUGCCAACCUGUCCGCCGACACCCAGGUUCUGCUUCUGCAAAGCAAUAACAUCUCCUCCAUCACAACCGAACUGCAGAGUCUGACCAAUCUGACUGAACUGGACCUGUCCCAGAACCACUUCACACAGGUGAGCUCCAUGGGGCUUUUCUCUCUGGGCCACUUGGUGACUCUGUACCUGGAGGAGAACCAGAUUGAGGAGCUGGAGGACUUUGGUCUAAGGAAUCUGUCCAGUCUGGAGGAGCUCUACAUCAACCACAACCACAUCUCCUCGAUUGGACCCAAGGCCUUCUCCGGCCUCACAAACCUGCUGCGGCUCCAUCUGAACUCCAACCGGCUGGUGGCCAUCGACAGCCGCUGGUUUGAGGCCCUGCCGUCCCUAGAGAUCUUGAUGAUUGGGGAGAACCCCAUCCUCGGUCUAGAAGAGAAGAACUUCCUGCCUCUCUCCCACCUCCACAGUCUGGUCCUAGCUGGAAUGGGUCUGGUGUCGGUGCCCUCAGCUGCCUUUAAGGGCCUGGACUACCUUGAGAGCCUCUCCUUCUACGACAACCGCCUCAGGUCAGUUCCUCGGGACGCCCUGAGCAUGCUUACAAACCUCAAGUUCUUGGAUCUGAACAAGAACCCCAUCAGUCGAAUCCAACAGGGAGACUUCCAGAACCUUCAGCACCUGGAGGAGCUCAGUCUGAAUAACUUGGAGGAGCUGGUGAUGGUGGAGCAAGCGGCUUUCCAGAACCUUCCAGAAAUGGGCAAACUGGAGCUCUGCAACAACCCCAGGCUGUCCUACAUCGACCCCCAGGCCUUCAGCAACCUCUCCUCCCUGAGGACGCUCCUCCUCCACAACAACCAGCUGAGCCUCCUCUCUGGGGACCUCCUCUCAUCCCUCCCGUCCCUGGAGGAGGUGUCUCUUCACUCCAACCCCCUACGCUGUGACUGUUUGACCUCUUGGGGGCCUCACUUUGGGAACCAGUCCCACCUGAAGCUGCUGGAGUCCUCCAUCACUCUUUGCUCCACCCCGUCGCACCUGAUUGGCCAGGAGCUACAGGAGGUGGUGGCCUUUGGAUGGGGUGGAGGCGGAGCCAACACCUGCCUGCCUCACAUCUCCCCUCAAGCCUUCCCAGCAACCCUGAACAUCAGUGCGGGACAGCCAAUCACGCUGGAGUGCUGGGCAGACGCUGACCCCGCCCCUCAGUUCUACUGGAUCACACCAAACGGAGACAAGGUGAGUUCUGAGGGUGUGGCUGCACCAAUCAUUUCAGAGGGAGGGCGUGGCCUGCACAGCAUGAAGAAGAAGCACCGCCUGUCAGAGCCCGGAGCGCUGGUUAUCGAACACGCCGAGCCUUCCGAUGCCGGUGUGUACACCUGUGUGGCCUGGAACUUGGAAGGAGCCGACACGAAGAGCGUCUCCGUCUCAGUGGAUUCCAGAGGGUUUGGAGGGGGGAGGGGGUGGAGUGAUGAGCCCAGCAGAGAGCAUCCUCGGCUGGUCAACUCCUCCGGCGCCGGACACUCUCUCGUGGUUUUGACGAAGGUGGUUCAUGCCCAGUCCGUGGUGCUGGGAUGGAAGCUCUCCCCCCGUAAAGAUGCUUCAUUUGUGGGCCAACUCCACCAGGGCGCCGCCCUCUCCUGGUGGACCAGCGCCACUGUUCACAUCGACAACCCUCAGAUAAGCUACACUGCAGAGGUUCCAGCUGACGUUCAGGAGUACAACCUGACCCACCUCCUCCCAGCGACGGAGUACCACGUCUGUCUGACGGUGUCCUCCUCCCCCAUUACAAACCCAAGCUCCUCCCCCGCUCCCCUCUCACCCUCCUCACCGCCCCUCCCCCCUGGCCCCUCCUACACCUCCUGCCUGAACGUCACCACCAAAGAGGCGGGUUUCUCUGUGGAGCUGGUGGCGUCGCGGCGCAGCAGUGUGGCUCUGGCGGCGGUCAUGGGCUCCAUGUUCGCCUUGUCCAUCAUGGCGCUGCUGGUGGUGUACAUGGGACGGCGGGUGCAGCAGCACAAGACCUGCGGCCACUCGCUGAAGACGUACAUGCAGCACGCCACCUCCAUACCGCUGAACGAGCUGUACCCGCCGCUCAUCACGCUGUGGGAGAGCGAAGCCGAGAAGGAGAAAGAGGACAAGGAGGAGGAGGAGGCGCGGCAGAGGGGGAGGCGGGGCGAGGAGGACAUGGGGGCGGGUCAGAUCAACACCACCAAGACUUACAUGUGGUAGCUGGUUUAUAGGUGGACGGUUGGACCAAAGCUACCAGCAACGAUGGCAGGGCGGAAGAGUUAGGGUUGACCCCCCCGGACAUCCAAUGAGAGCCGAUCUAACGAGAUGGGGGGGCGGGGUUACACUUUUCUGAAUGUCUGACACCUGUGACAUGAAUGUCCCACAGACAGCAGCACCGACCUGCACUCUCCUGGAGUUUUCCCAGGGAACAUGAACGCAGCACAAGCAGCCACUAUAAAAACCUGAGGUUAAAGGUCACCGUUUCACCCCCCCCCCAAAAAAAAAGGUUAGUCGGCUCACUGUGAUCGGUAAUCUAGAACUUAAUCCUGACGAUCACGACAGGAUCACGAUGGAACUGCAGUUUCACCAGAGAAAACGUCUUCUGGUGUCCAGAAACCGGUCAGUCUGUGCGGCCCAGAAACAGUCGGUCAAAGUUCUGGUGUGACCGUUUCUACAGCCCAGAAACAGUCGGUCAAAAUUCUGGUGUGACCGUUUCUACAGCCCAGAAACAGUCGGUCAAAGUUCUGGUGAUCAAACUAAAGUCCAGAAACAGUCAAAGGUCAAAGUUGUAUGACUGAAGUUGAGAAACAGUCAGUCAAAGUUCUGGUGUGACCGUUUCUACAGCCCAGACAGUCGGUCCAUUCCUCUCCUGUGGGUGUUUCUAGUUUUCAUGUGAGGGUUUGUUUGUUUGUUCUCUGAAGUACAGAAAGCUCGAGGAACCCAAGAUUUAGAUCAAGUUACAUGCUCAACAAGACGGAGAUAGACGUAGAGACGCUCUGCUGAUGAAGGAACCCCAGAGAUCAGAAAACUUUAACAGUGAGAGAAGAAAAACAUGUUCAUGUUCUCACAGGUUUGAUGAUUCUGACCAAAAACACAAACAUCCGUUUCUGGACAGAACUGAGCGCUUCUCCAUCAGGUAACCAGUCCAGUUUGUCCUCUUCAUGAAAGUGCAGCCCCCCCGAUAUGUGACCUUUAACCUCAGAAACACCAUGAUGCAUGAAUGAAAGCACUUGUGACUUCACGCUGCUUCCUGUGUCUGUACACCUUUGCACUCACCUGUAGGACUGCUGACUUAGCACUUUUGUAGGAACCUGCAGACUGUUACGUCUCCGCACAAGUUCUCCAACGUGGAUUUACCCUCAGGAUGCUGGUCUGUGCUGGAUUUUGUAGUUUUCUUUCUCCUUUGUGGAGCAGAACAGAAGACCCGUUCUCCACUUGACCCUGAGGGCCCGGUUCUAAGCGUGUCGGAGUUUCCAUCAUAAACUGGAACAUCUGCAGAGUUCAUACAAUUCCAGACACCAGCAGACAAACGAGGUUCUCUGCUGGUCCAGGCGGAGGUUCGAGGGUCCCCCCCAGAACCCCGACUGCACAGAGGACUCGUCUUUCCGUCAGAGAAGGAUCACUCAGGAAAGAUGGCCGUCUGCAGAGGAGACCCUGAGGAACUCCACCUGCAGCAGCGCCCCCCUGCUGGCCUGGACAUGCAGGGGAAUCCUAGAGAUUUCUGUCGUUCCACAGUGUAAUCUGUCAGAAUAUAAUCUUUAUAAAUCCCCACAAUCCUU